CCUAGGCCUCAACAUCGUACAUUAGACAAUUGGUCUAGGCGGUUUUGAAAGUAUUUCUAAAUUGCGACGAGGAUGCGAAAAGUCGCCCAGUGAUAUAUUAAAGAAUUCGCUGCACUUUUGCCACUGGACCACGGAUAAUAUCAGAUAUCGAUAGCACGAAGGCCCGUCGCUGUCCCACAGAAAAAGCAAGUCAGCUGUUCAUUGGUUCUAGCGAUACGUUGAACGGUGGUAUAUCUAGCACAUUUGGAACGCUAGAUUAUUAUACACCCCUCAACAUCCCCCACUCGCUCACACGCAUCUCGAAUAUGACCGCAGUCUCAAAUGAUCCUAUCUGGUUUCCGCUAAUCAAUUCGAAUAUUUUCCUGACCUACUGGGCAGUUACCGCCGCCGUUGUGGUGGUAUACGACUGGGUGUUGACACUGGAACAAGAGAUCGAACUGAUCUGGAGGCAACACUGGUCUCUCAUGACCGCGCUGUAUUUGAUUAUACGCUAUAUUGGACUACUGUAUUCUGCUAUCAGCGUUCUGGCAAAUAUGCCAUUGGUCUCGGUGACAGAUGCAGUGAGUAAUAUCAUAUACUACGCAAGUAAUGGGACAAAUGUGGUCGUGGCUGCCAUGUUGGGCAUAAUCAUAAUUGCUCGGUUACAUGCCAUGUAUCAGAAAUCUAGAACGAUGUUUAUAUUUCUUGUUAUUAUCUUCCUGGCUGUUAACAUCUCCUGUGGAGUAAUCGCGGCAAUAGGACUCAAGGGUUAUGUACUGGAGGAGUUGGUGCUCUCUGGUAAAUAUAUGUGCGGUUUUGCAUCUGAGGCGGAUGUCCGGUUUCUGGGCUCGAUCGUUUGGACGCUCAACACUGUUUGGGAGGUCCUCACCCUGUGUCUUUCAGUCUGGGUUGUUCUAAAACAUUUCCGUGACAUGCGACGGCUCGGCCCAUCGACAGGAUCGACCAUCGGGGACUGUUUCAGAGUGCUAAUAAAAUCUCACGUGUUUUAUUUUGCAAGCUUUGUUUGUGUCUCUUGCCUUGAGCUUGCUAACACUUCUUCUCCAAAGCUCGUGAAUUCAGAGUCUACAGGAACUCUGAUACUCGAAGGUGCUCUAGACAUUCUAUUGAACGUGCAGAUGUUUGUGCUAGGACCCCGCCUCAUCCUUAGCGUUCGAGAAUAUCACGCUAAAUUCGUGGCCGACUAUGAUGUAGAAACUGGCACGACUUCGAUUGUCUUCCAGAAGCAUGUAUAUGUACCAACUAGCAGUACCGUUUAAGGCUAGGGAAAUGCUUGCCAAGUGCUCUGCAGGAAGGAGAAAUCUGGUCGAGGGUCCGUCGAUUUACAUGAAACACAUUUCUUGUUGUGUACCAAGUAUCAUUAGCGAACCAGUGAACAUAUUAA